GGGUUCGUCUUCACCGGGUACUUCCAGUCUGUGCCGGAUAGACACCGGGAUCUAAUCGUGGAUCUUGCAGUGCUUAGUUAGUUAGUUAGUUAGUUAAGUGUUUCAAGUGCAAGUGGAAAGAGUGCUAAGAUGGGAAGACUAUCGUCGGUAAUUCUCCUGCUAGCAGCUUUCGGCGGCAUUCGAUCGGCCCCGACGACCACGAUCAUUCACCAGCCGGCUACUCAGUACUAUCUGCUGCAGCCUCAAUCGGCGGCCACCGUUAAGAUUCAGCAGCAUCUGAUCCAGCCGAUUCAGCACCUGAAGCUGGAACCGAAACAGGAACUGAUCUACUACUAUCCCUCGAUUCCGUUGAGUAGCAGCGUCCAGCUACAGCAUCACGAGAAGCCCAUCCGGUUGGUUUCGUUGAAGCAGCAGGAACCAAACUGGUUCGACCAAUUCCUCAACUUCUUCCAGCCAACGUCGACGGAAAAGCCGGCCGCGGAAUCGCCCACCGAGGCGCCUGGCCAAGCCCCAAUAUCGGAGACAAGCGAGGCGGCUUCCAUGAAUGAAGCUGAUUCUACAACUCCUGCUGCGAUGAGUGAGGAGAUGAUGAAGAUGAUGAUGAUGCAAAAGCAGCAGAUGUUCAUGAGUCCGGCCGAUGUUGAACGGCUACCGACCAAGGCCGGUGUUCAAUCAAUCCCGAAUCGCUACUACAUCUUGACCGGAACCCCCCAGUUCUAUGGUAACUUCGAUGCCCUGCAGAACCCUCUGAGUCCAAUCUUCAGCCUCCAACCACUGCAAGCCAUCCAUGCGCGUAACCCUAGCUCGGACAUCCUGGCGGCCGACGACGAUCAGCAGCGAUUCCAGCCUCAGAUUGUAUCCUCUCUGGCUCCGAUUGCUCCCGUUCCGGCUUCAGUGCCAGCCCAGCUGAAGAACGAUCUGCUCGAAUCGCACCCGGACAAGGUGGACCGGACCUGGGGUCGCUCGUUGGCCGAGGACGACGAACCGGAACCGGAACAGGAACAACAGAACGAGCAGCCCCAAAUUCAGCGACGAGCUGAUGAAGAGGAACUGCCCAUGAUCGAAGAUGAGGAGGAGGACAAACCUCAGCAGCAGCAGCAACAGGAACAGGAGAAGGCCACCGGAAGGCAAUCGGAAGAUCCAUCGGUGGCGGCCGUUAAACCAGCCGGAAUUGCCAUUGCCGGAAAAGGUGGAUUGGCUGCGUCCUCGCCCACCGGAACUGCCAUUACCGGUGCCAAUGGGCUGGCCCUGGCGAAUCCAUCGGCCACUUCCGUUGCCGGAAACUUUUUCGAUGACGACAUCAAAGCUUAAAAGCUUGGAAAAUUUCAUACAUUACAACACGACUGACGAAAUGCCAUAAACUUUGACAACAACAAAAAAAUCGACGGAAAUUAUUCCUAGUGAUAAAAGUUAAGCAAACUCAAUGAGUUUGUCUCGAAAG